GCAACGCACAAAUCGAAAACGAAAGUAAGCGCUGCAGCGUCAACGUGUAGUCGGAAAUGGAAGUCAUCUUGAAAAAUAAACCUAAACUCAUCAAAUGGCUUAGUUCGGAUUUCCUAAUUGUUUUGCAACAUGUUCAAGCCAAUGGAUUUGUAACAAUGUUGCAGUAUAACGAGUUGAAGGAAAUUAAAGCGAAGGACGGUGUUAUCAAACUUCUGGACAUCAUCGUUCAAAGGGGUGAAAAUGUGUGUCGAGAUUUUCUGAAACUGCUCAAAGAUGAUGAUGUGAAUGAAAUAUCGCCUGAGCUUAGAGACUGGAGCAAGACGGUUGACAUCGAAGACCAACAAAAGGAAAAAGACAAAGGAAGAGCAGGUCUCAGCAUGCCUAUACAAGAGACCGAAAGGAUGAGCAGACCAUCUGGCACCCAAGUAAUAUGCAACAUUUCUGCGUCUAACGGUGGCAGUGUAAAUGCGCCUGUCAUAACUGAUGGAAAUCACGGCUCCCUUGUAAUGAAUUUUGGCCGUCCAAAUGUGCCGGAAAAUUACCAGAGACCCGAUAGAGACCACAGGACAAUACAUGAUUAUCAGAUGUUUUUAAAAGAAAACACCAGUCUGCUGGUUCAAAAAGUGAAGAGCAUUGAACCAAUUAUCGAUGAUCUCGACCUACAAGAUGAAUUAGCUGCAAAUGUGAGAGCGAAGCCAACGGAUCAAGAUAAGAUGAGGAAACUGCUCACCUAUGUGAAUUGUGAAAGCAUUGCUAAGGACCUGUUUACUGCUCUGUGUGAGCAUGAAAAACGUCUAAUGGAUGAACUGCUGAAGAGAUACUGAAAGUUGUACUGUGUAUUAGCAGAUGAUUAGCAGCAUGCUAUUAAAUGAAGGAAAUGCAAUGAAGACACGUUUUUCUUUAGCCUAUGCUGUCGCCUGACUAUUGCAAUUGUUUCAUUCCAUUUGUUGUUGCUUAUGAAAUUGUUGUAUAUUUUUUACUUUUUUACAGCGCUUUGGUACGAUGCUUGUUGUUGUGCUUUAUAAAUACACACUAACUCGUACUGCUUUAAAACUUUUAUUCUUUGUAAGUAUAAAUAUUCUUAAUGUUGAUUUGUAAAUGGUUUAAACACUGGCAGUCAUUCAUUAAAUUUGAUGAAUACAGUAAAGAUCAAAUUAUAAAACAAAACUGCAGUUUUAUCACCUUUAAUUGAGAAUUACUUUAACAUCAAAUCUGUCUGUGAAGCUUUCUGCCUAAAACGUAUAGCCUUAAAAAUCACAUUGCACUAGUCUAGAAAAACAAACAAAAAAUUAUAUUAUUAAAUUAUAUGUUAUAUUUAAAUACAAUGUUAUAUUUUUACAUACACCCAUUUCUAACCAUGUCAAACACAGCUGGAAUAAUACAGUGUAGAAGUGUAAAAAUGUAUCUGCUAAAUGUUAAAUAAUUUGAUCUAUUGUCUCUUUACUUUUUGUCAGAUUUAAAAUAACUUAUUUUUCUGUCUUCCUAUAUUAUUUAUGUACUUACACGGUCAUCCGAUGCCGUACUUAAUCUUUUUAAAGUGAUUUGUUUACAUUUGCAAUAAUAAAAAAAAGCACAGCUAGAGGCGCAGUAACAGAAUUCAGUCACUAGGUGGCGAUAGUGGUUCAGUGAAACGAGUGAAGCGACGGAAGGCGAGGCUUGGCCCGUAACUAAGAUCACUUGGCGUUCAGCAUGGCACAGACCAGAGACCCGAUAGAGACCACAGGACAAUACAUGAUUAUCAGAUGUUUUUAAAAGAAAACACCAGUCUGCUGGUUCAAAAAGUGAAGAGCAUUGAACCAAUUAUCGAUGAUCUCGACCUACAAGAUGAAUUAGCUGCAAAUGUGAGAGCGAAGACAACGGAUCAGGAGAAGAUGAGGAAACUGCUCACCUGUGUGAAUUGUGAAAGCUUUGCUAAGAACCUGUUUACUGCUCUGUGUGAGCAUGAAAAACAUCUAAUGGAUGAACUGCUGGAGAGAUACUGAAAGUUGUACUGUGUAUUAGCAGCAUGCUAUUAAAUGAAGGAAAUGCAAUGAAGA